AUGGAAGUUAGUAAUUGCCCCGAGUUACUUCAAAUUCGAUUUCUCGGUACGAUGGAAUCAUUGGAGAGUCUCAUAGUUAAAUUCUUCAAAUCCCUAGGAGGGUUGUAUGGUUUAUCAAACUUGAAGAAGCUGAAGCAUUUAGAAUUAUAUAGUUGCCCUGUGCUACGGGUUAUUGAGGGCCUUGAAGAAUUGGAGCUUUUGCGGUGGUUGGAUUUCAGCGCGUGUCCAUCGUUGAAAGUGUUGACUAAUCUAUCCAACUCAAAGAUACCAAAUGAAUGCCGGAUAUAUGUAACCGCUUGCAAGAAGUUACCAUAUUGCUUUGGGGACCGUUACGGGGAUUAUAGAGAGGAGAUUCUUGACUGGAGGAGGAGGGGAUUAAACCAGGAGGGUGCGGCGCGGUUCUUGGAACGUGGCCAACCGCUCAUCGUACAGAUGUUGGAAAAAUUGGAAGUUCCACACGCAUUACGUGAUUAUCGAAAAACUUUCACAGGAUGGAAAUGGACUGGUUACCCGAGUUUGGAGACACUGUAUUUUCACUCUUGUCUAAACUUGCGAAAAUGUGACUCCUCUGUUGGGAAGAUGAAACUUCUUACUCGCUUGGACAUUAUUCGGUGGACAAAUGUUGUUGAGUUACCUGAUUCGAUAAAAAAUCUGAAGCAACUGAAGGUGAUGAGGAUGGGAUUUAGUCCAAUAAGGAGGUUACCUGCCAGUAUUGAAAUGCUAGAGAAGUUGGAGGAGCUCUAUGCUGAACAUUGUGAGCAACUUGGGCGAAUUUCCAAUUGA